AUGCCUUGCGGCAAUCUCCCCCUUAAAUUCAGACCCCCAAAAAGGCUUUCUCAUCCACAACAGGGCUUCGUCAAUGAGUACAAGGAGGUGCACGCCCACGGCAACACCAAGUUGCACAUGAUCCACACGAACGAUAAGAAGCAUAUGGCGACCUCCCACAAGGAGUACAAGCGCCACCUCGGACUCCAGCGCCACAAGAUCGUUGGAAUCAAUCUGGAGUACACCAAUGAGCCUAAUGAGACGCAGAAACCCGCCCUCGUCCAACUCUCCGUCGGCAAGACUCAACCGAUGCUGCUUUUCGAACUGAGCACCGCUGAACAUUACACCAUCUUUGACAACUUCCUCGCUGACCCGAGGUACACAUUUGCUAGCUUCUCCAUCGGGCGCGACAAAACCAGGCUCGAGCGCGUCAAUUUGGAGGUGACCAACUUCAUUGACAUCCAUAAGGAAUGGAGGGUACCCGAGGCAACCAAGGAGUUGGACUCCCUUGCAGACGUCGCCAGCAUGCUCGUCGACGACUACUACAAUGACAUGAAGAAGAAGAUCACCGAUGAAGAGCACAGGUGUUGGGGCUCCCUUCUCCUAUCCAUGGGGCACAUCGAGUACGUGGCAAAGGACACGUACGCAGCGUACCAGAUAUGCAACCGCAUCACCCUCACCCAGGACGGGCUUCGUUGCGCAAAGCUGGAGAAGGAGGAGCCAACCAAGAAGCGCGUCAGGAACCUGGGAGACUACACGUGGUGA